CUGGGAGUCAUAAUGAAAGUGAAAGAAUUCUCCUAUCAGGUUUUACCACAUGUUGAAUCUAACUUACAGGGCAGAGAGAGAGCUCAGCUCACACACAUCGGGAACAAGACAAGAAGAGAGAAACUUUGCUUUCAUCCUCUUUGACCAUGUAUUUGGACUCAAAUUUGAAAAUUGAAGUUUUGUCUUCACUUCUCGGACAAAUCGUUAAACCCUAUAACGAGAAGGGAUGUGCGACAUCAGCAAAUAUUUUGUCUGUUGAGGACUUUCAUCUGUACAAUCUCCUUGGAAAAGGACAGGCUUAUGUGAGGGAAUUUUUCAUCGAUGAGAAAGAAUUUUUUGACCCAGAGUAUGACUACGACUUCACUGAUCUCUCUGAUUCGUCUCAGUGUAUGAGAGGUGAUGAACUUUAUGAGCGGCCAAAAGGCUGGUACCGCAUGGCCUUAAAAGUCAAAGGUAAAUAUCCAGACGGAAACACCUGGCUGGGCACAAAAGGAUGGAGGAGUCACUCUGUACCUGGAGAAUGGCCUGUUUCCUACCAUGGAACAAGCUUAGAUGGAGCCAAAGGCAUCAUCAAGAGUCACUACAAAACAGGAUACGGAGCCAUGUAUGGGAGAGGAAUCUACUCAACACCAGACAUACACGUUGCUGAGAAAGAGGAGUAUGCCAAGACCUUCACAUCGAAGACGACAGGGAAAAGUUACAAAGUGAUCCUGCAAAAUCGAAUCAACCCUGAAAAGAGAGUGAUUUGCCAACGAUCUGAUUAUUGGCUCAUUCCUGUUGGUAAAGAAGCGUCUCCCGGGGAGGAGAAACAGAUAGUGGAGAGCUCGAUUCGACCUUACGGCAUUCUGAUCAAGGAACUAAAUAACGAUGAUGGCAGUGACCAUGAUGCUGGUUCACUUGGUGGUAUCAUUCAUUCACUCUUUUCCGCAGUAAACUCACUGUUUAGGUAGAGCCAGAGAAAGUGUCUUAUGGUCUGUUGCUCAAGGGCCUUUAAAGAGUGUUAUUCUAAGCUUAUAGUCACUUUGUCUGUUAUCAUACUGUCUUCACAAUGUACAACUUACAUUGACAUUCAAUCCAUUGUAUAAACCAAUUAACAAAGCUGUGUUGGGAUGGAAGAUCAACAAUACAGGCACAUUAUAUUUGGAUUUUUUUCCAAACAUAAAAGCUUUAGUACGUAAUACAAAAAUGUAAAGAUCUGAAAACGUUUUCUCAAUCAGCUUCUUAAUGUGAGUGGCCUGCAGAUCCUACAUGCACAAACCAUUUCCUGUUAAAACUACAAUAGUUGUGUUACUUCACACCAGAGAGUUCUGUAUAUUUGUGCUGUGUCUGUGCUCUUCUUACCAAUUGAAGUUAUUGAAUUCUUGAGUGUUAAUCU